CUCUUUUUCCCGAGGAUACAGCCAACCUGGCACACUCAGGGAAUGCCACGUGGACAGCCUCACAGAGGGCUCUUGCAUUUUUGGAGCUUUUCCAACACCUAUAACUCAGGCGAAGUAUCAUCUCCUCCAAUGUCUGGUCCUGACCAAGCCACCAUUUGUUAGAGUUGUGUGUGAUCAGGUCUCUUAAUCUUUGAUUAAUUCCUUCACUAAUCAUGGGAUCAUGAUUGAUUAAUUAUUUUCUGUCAUUCGAUGCGUUUAGAUUUUGUGUUUAAUGGGUUUCUUCAUGUAAUCUUUGGUUUUGUUUGGAGAGAGAGAGAGAGAGGUAGAGGGAGAGAGGAGGAAUGUUGCAUAGAGCAGCAAGCAACGCAUAUUCAUGGUGGUGGGCCAGCCACAUCAGGACAAAGCAGUCCAAAUGGCUUGAACAGAGCCUCCAAGAUAUGGAGGAGAAGGUUCAUGAUACAUUGAAAAUCAUUGAUGAAGAUGGGGACUCCUUUGCAAAGAGGGCAGAAAUGUAUUACAGGAAGAGGCCGGAGCUAGUUGCCUAUGUCGAAGAAUCUUUUCGCGCCUAUCGAGCUUUAGCAGAGCGAUAUGAUCACUUGUCAAGAGACCUUCAGAGUGCCAACCGCACCAUUGCCACAGUUUUUCCUGAGCGAGUUCAGUAUGCUAUGGAGGACGAGGAUGAUGAGAUUGCUUCUCAAACAUCAACUUCUUCUGACGGUCCUAACAAAGUGUCACCGGAUGCAUCCAAAAACAUUCCACAAGUCCCCAAGGCCCCCAAAUAUUUGAGGAGCAAAUCCACGUUAUUGUCGAGGAAGGGCACGCUUAAGAGAAAUGCAAGUUCCGCUAAAGCUGCCCUAGCGGCUACUCUGAGGUCGGGGCUGACCAAAGAGGAGGCACUGGGAGAAAUCGAUAAGCUUCAAAAGGAUAUUUUGGCGCUGCAGACGGAAAAGGAGUUUGUGAAGGUUUUUUUCGAACGCGGAUAUGACAGGUAUUGGGAGUUUGAAAAUCAGAUCACUGAUAUGCAAAAAAGAGUCUGCAAGUUGCAAGAUGAGUAUGGCAUUGGCACUGUUAUCGAAGACAACGAUGCUCGAACUUUGAUGGCUGCCACGGCUUUGAAGGCAUGCAAAGACAGCUUAACAAAUCUGCAGGAUAAGAAAGAGAGAUCAGAAGAAGACGCGAGAGUGGAGCGCCAACGGGUUAGAGAAGCCUGCAGCAAGUUUGAGAGCCUCAGAAAUGAAUUUCGUUCGAAACACACAGACUGGUGCGACACUGAUGGGUAUGAUUACGAGAAUAUUGAUGUAGAAUCAAUAAGUCUAGAUCAAGAAAUACAUGAUGAUCAGGACUCGUUGCGUUCUAGGGGUUUGGAACAGCUCGAUACGAAUUCAAACACCUCAAUUUCUAUGACAGAACUAGCAGAGAAAAUUGAUAGACUUGUGAACAAGAUAGUGAAUCUGGAAACCGCAGUCACUUCUCAGAAUGCUUUAGUAAAUAGAUUAAAAUCAGAAAACGACGAGCUUCAGGCGCACACUCGGAGCUUGGAAGAGGAAAAAGAGACUCUAAUGGAAAAUGCGGACAAGAUGAGCAAACGGCUAAAGGAGUUGGAGGAAGAGCUGCGCCGAAUUAGAAAUUUAAACAGAAAAGUGGAAGACCAAAAUAACAACAUCCAAACACAUUUUACAGAAGCUAGCUGUAAUCUUUACCAUCUGUCAGGAAAACUGAAUAGUGUGAAGCAUGAAGAGGAGGAUGAGAAUGCCGGAUUGUUCCAAGAUGUGAAAGCAGUUGAUGCCAAACGUGAAAAAGAGAUUAAAGAAGAUUCAAAUAAGGCAGUUCUUGAUGAUGAUUCGGCGGUCUUGGAAGACAAAAUGUCAGAAGGUGAAAUUAAAAAGAAGAAUGUUACAAUUCUCGAAACUUCUAUCAAGGAGGAAGACGAAGAAGAAAAGCAAUCAGACCAACCAAUGCAGCAUGAACAGGGAGAGGCGCAAGAUUUGUCUGAGGAUGUUGAUCCACAGGAUUUGGAACUGGAGAAGGAAGAACAACCAAACUGGAGACAGCUGUUCCUAAAAGGGUUAGAGGAUAGAGAAAAGGUUUUGCUGGAGGAGUAUACUUCAAUUCUCCGCGAUUACAAGGACGCAAGGAGGAAGCUCGGCGAAGUGGAAAAGAAAAACCGGGAUAACAUCUUCGAUUUAGCAAUGGAGAUAAGGGAAUUAAGGGGUGCUGUUGCCUCCAAAGACAAAGAGAUUAAACAUUUGAAGCAAAAACUCGGUUCCCCAGAAACAAAUCCGGAGGACAGUCCUGCAACAGUAUAUAAAUUUCCAACUCAGGAAGGCCCCCUUGAGAGUCCAACUCAAGUCGUUGCAUCCCCAUACUCAACUGUUGCAUCACCAAAUUUGGAUAAAGAGAUGAUUUCCAGCUACCUUGGUGAACAAGGAAUAGAGAAAUUUGAGGACUCAUCAGGAAACUUAAAGGUCUUACCGAGAAAGGAGGAAGAGAGAAUAAUGAGGAGAAGACAUACUGUUAGACCCCAUUCUGUUUCAGCAAUAGAAGGAAGGUUCCGUUCAGACAUUGAUGAGCUGUUGGAGGAAAAUUUAGAAUUUUGGCUGAGGUUUAGUACCUCGGUUCAUCAGAUACAAAAAUUCCACACUUCGAUACAGGAUUUACAGUCUGAGUUGUUGAAACUAAAGAACAAAAAGAAGCAUGAUGGACAUGCUUUACAAUCGGAUGCCAGGCCAAUAUACCGACACCUAAGAGAGAUACAAACGGAACUGUCAUUAUGGUUGGAACACAAUGCAGUACUAAAAGAUGACUUGCAGGGUAGAUUAUCAUCCUUGUGCCAUAUUCAAGAUGAGAUAUCGAGACUCUCCAGUUUAAGUUCCGAAGGAGAAAAUAUGGAGCUUAUAAGCAAAUAUCAGGCGGCAAAGUUUCAAGGCGAGGUUCUCAACAUGAAGCAGGAGAAUAAUAAGGUUGCAGAUGAACUGCAGGCAGGCCUUAACCGUGUUGAUGGACUCAAGGUUGAGGUCGAGAAGACACUAGCAAGACUCGAUGGGGAACUUGGGAUUUCGGUAUCAAAGAGCAUUAACAACCCCAAACGCUCAACGAGUAAGUCUCGAAUUCCCUUGCGGUCUUUCUUGUUUGGGGUUAAGUUGAGAAGGCAAAGGCCAUCAAUCUUUUCCUGCGCCAGCCCGUCAUUACAGAAACAGCACAGUGAUUUAGGAGCUGCUGCGCCACCUCCAGAACAACCUAUGUAGAUGAUCUGUUUUAUGAUCUACUUUUAUGUUUUGUAGUUUUAAUGUCUUCAAACAUUGUUGCACACAGGAACCCAAGAGAGUUUAAGUUCGUUGUGUUAGUUUUUUAUUUGUAUUUUUUAUAUUGUUGUAUGAUACUUAUUCAGAAUCUUCUCUUAUUUGCUUAAUCUUCCCUUA